AUGGGUAGUGACGAGAAACUGAAGACCUCUGUGUCUAUCGCUCCUGCUGCUGAUGUCGAAAGCCAGAAGAACGAAAUCACCACCAUCGUUUCUCCAAACACUGGCAAGCCUAUCCAUUUGACCGCCACUGGUGACGAUGCUAUGGAUUAUGUCAUGUCUCACGAUGGUGAAAAGGUGGAGAUCGACCCGGAAACUGACAAGAAGUUGGUCCGCAAAAUCGACUUGUACCUCUUGCCGCUCAUUUGUCUUUUGUACUCGGUCCAGUUUAUGGAUAAAAUGUCCAACUCUUAUGCUGCCGUCAUGGGCUUGAGAGAGGAUUUAAAUAUGGUCGGUGACAUGUACGCGUGGACUGGUUCUGCGUUUUACAUUGGUUACUUGGCUUUCGAAUUCCCUUGUGCAUACACUUUGCAGAGGUUCCCUGUCAUCACCACCGUGUCGGUUUAUAUUGUCGUCUGGGGUGUUAUGUUGAUGUUGCAUGCUGUUCCCAACUACGCCGGUUUCGUGGCUUUGAGAACGCUUCUCGGUGCUUUUGAAUCUUCUGUCACUCCUGCUUUCGUCAUUGUCACUUCUCAGUGGUACAGAAAAGAUGAGGUCUUCUUGAGAACCGCCUUGUGGUUCUCCUUUAACGGUCUUGGUCUUAUCAUUGGUUCGGGUGCUAUCGCUUACAACCUUCACGCCAACAUGGACAGUUAUGCUAUGGAUGCAUGGAAGUUGAUUUUCAUUAUUACCGGUGCCAUCACCAUCGCCUUGGGUAUUGUUAUUUUCUUCCACAUUCCAAACAAGCCAACUGAAGCUUGGUUCCUUACUGACAAGGAGAAGAGUCUUGUGGUUGAAAGAAUCAGAGUUAACCAACAAGGUUUCGGUAACAAGCACUUCAAGAAGUACCAGCUCAUCGAGGCUCUUACUGAUGUCAAGACGUGGCUUUACUUCUUCCUUGCCAUGGCUAACAACAUUCCUAACGGUGGUCUUACCAACUUCGGUUCUAUCUUGCUUAAUGAAGAUUUCGGUUACGAUGUCGGUAAAACACUUCAGAUGCAAAUGAUUCCGGGCGCCGUUGAAAUCGUUGGCUGUAUUGGCUUUGCAUACUUGUACAAAUACUACCCUAACAGAUUGUUCUGGGCCACAACUACAUCUGUCAUUGUCAUUAUGGCUCUUUGUUUGUUGGCAUUCGUGGAAAACAAGCAGGCCCAAUUGGCAGGCUACUGUUUAUUCUAUUUGUGUCCCCUUGUGAUGAUUUGCGGUUUGUCGUCCUGUGCUUCCAACGUGGCUGGCCACACUAAAAAGGUUACCGUCAACGCUAUCUUCUUGAUCGGAUACUGUGUUGGUAACUUGAUCGGUCCACAGACUUUCAUCGACAGCCAAGCUCCAGGCUAUAGUGGUGCCAAGAUCGCCAUGGUGGUUUCUGGUUGCGCCGCCACAGUCAUUAUGAUCAUCAUCUGGAUCCUCAUGGCUCGUGAAAACAAGAGAAGAGAUGCUCGUGCCGAUGACUACCUAGAGUUCGAGCACAUUGAGAACCACGAGUUUGCCGACUUGACCGAUAUGGAGAACCCAUUGUUCAGGUACACCAUUUAA